CUGGACGCAGUCGCAAACUUCUAUUCUCUCACUCACAAAUUCACAAUCGCAGACUUCUUUCUCUCUCAUAAAACCUCAACCUUCUCGUUGCCUCGUUCGUUGGUGGCUGGACUGGCUUCGUCCGGCGACCUCACCGGCGGUGCCUUCGUGUCGAUUCGUGGUGGCUUCGUCACUGCUGGUGGCUUCGUCCUUCGUGGGCGAUUCGUGGCUUCAUUGGUGGCCUGGUGGGCGAUUCGUGGCUUCAAGUGGUCGGAAAUUUCCUUGGUGGACGACGGUGGCCGGAAAACUUCCAAGAAUCGUGAAUCUACUCUAGUGAACCACCAGUAAAAAAUUCCUGGAUCCGCCACUGAUCCCACUCACCAUGAAAGCUUCAAAGUAGACAAGUUUGAGUACUGCAACAACAAAACUCUAUUUACCCCAUUAAAGAAAAAAACUGUGAUGCCGAAUUCAUGGCUUUGUCCAUUCUAUCUUGGAAAAAGGAGGCUCCUUGGUCUAGGUUUUCGCUGCGAAACAAACUCGUUGCUGCAAAUUCAAAGCAGAAAUUGUGCACGGGUUGAUAACCCAGCUUCAAAAUAUCUUUGCAAUGGAGGAAAUCUUCUUAAUUCAUCCACAACUUAUUCUACCUUCACUUUUGGUUCAUCUUCAGGCUAUUGGGCAGCUGGAAAUGGUAGAGUAGGAGUAGGAGGUUGUGAUAGAUUAGGAAUUAGCUCACUAUUAAUGUGCCAAUAUAGGAGCAUUUUCGGAUUCUCUAAUCUGGCUGGGCCUAGCACUUGCUCAGCAGAAAGUUCAGAAUUCAACAGUAAUAUUUCUGAGCUCGCUGAAGAGAAUCUCAUUGAAGUUGUGAAAACAAAAGGCUUGAGCCGCAAGCUAGUGGACUUUACACAGGUUGACAAGGAGUUGCUUCCUACUGCAAUUAUUGUGGGGCGGCCAAAUGUGGGCAAAUCUGCCCUCUUUAACCGUUUGAUUCGGCGGAGAGAGGCACUAGUAUAUAAUACUCCUGCUGAUCACGUGACUCGUGAUAUACGGGAUGGGAUUGCCAAACUGGGUGAUUUACGGUUCCAGGUACUUGAUUCAGCUGGCUUAGAAGCGGCAGCUACUUCAGGGUCUAUUCUUGAACGGACUGCAGAUAUGACCGCCAAUGUGUUGUCAAGAUCCCAGUUUGCCAUCUUCUUGAUAGCUGCACGAGAUGGCUUGCAAUCCAUGGACUUGCAGGUUGGGAAGUGGCUACGUAGGCAUGCACCUGGAAUUAAAAUCGUUCUAGUGAUGAAUAAAUCUGAAUCACUAGAUGAGUCAGAUGGUUCAUUGGCUGCAGCUGCUGGUGAAGCAUACAGAUUAGGUUUUGGGGACCCGAUUGCUAUAUCUGCAGAAACUGGACUAGGCAUGGCAGAACUUUAUGAUGCUUUAAAGCCCUUGCUGGAGGAGCAUAUGGUCCAAGUCCUAAAUGAUGAAGCUACUCAGGGAAGUUGUUCUUCUGAGACUCAAGAAUCUAAGUUACCAUUACAGCUAGCUAUUGUUGGACGGCCCAAUGUUGGGAAGUCAACCUUACUGAAUACAUUAUUACAAGAAGAGCGUGUUCUGGUAGGGCCAGAAGCUGGUUUGACAAGAGAUUCUAUUCGAGCUCAGUUUCAGUAUGAUGGAAGAACUGUAUAUAUGGUUGACACUGCUGGGUGGUUGGAGAGGACAAAAGAGAAAGGCCCAGCUUCCUUGAGCAUUAUGCAGACCAGGAAAAAUCUUAUGAGGGCACAUGUAGUUGCAUUGGUCCUUGAUGGAGAGGAGGUUGCAAAGACUAGGAGGAGCUUGAAGCAUGCUGAAAUAGUUAUAGCUAGACAGGCAGUGGAAGAAGGCCGUGGUUUGGUAGUGAUUGUGAACAAAGUGGAUCUUUUGAAAGCAAAACAGAAACCCAAGUUAUAUGAAGAUGUCGUGAAAGCUGUUCCUGAAGAGAUCCAGAAACUUAUACCACAGGUAACUGGAAUACCAGUUAUAUUUGUUUCUGCAUUGGAGGGAAAGGGUCGGAUUGCAGUCAUGCGUCAGGUUAUUGAGACUUACGAUAAAUGGUGUCUACGACUGCCAACAGCCCGACUUAAUCGUUGGUUGCGCAAGGUUAUGAGCAGACACUCCUGGAAAGAUCAGGCUGCACAACCAAAGGUCAAGUACUUCACACAGGUGAAGGCUCGACCACCGACAUUUGUUGCCUUUGUGAAGGGCAAAACUGAGCUAUCAGAUACAGAAAUACGGUUUUUAACCAAAUCUUUGAAGGAAGAUUUUGAUAUGGGUGGGGUCCCAAUUCGGAUCUUGCAGCGAUCUCUAUCAAGGCAUGAGGCCCCCAGCAAGAGCUUCUCUUCUAAGAGCAGUCAUACCGGAAAAGUGGUAGAAAGAGCAUCUUCUGAUAAACGGAGUGUCGUAUAAAAUGAGGUUUCAAAUCAACAUAAUCAUUAAGCAUUUUGUUGCCAUCCUUUACCUAAAUCAAAACACUGUCCUUACGCCCGAAUAGGGAGUUCUCAGGUUUGCUAAUGUCAAAUCAUUGUAUACGGGAACUGAAUGUAGAAAUUACUGGUUCCCUCAGAGGUUCAUGUAAUGAAUGAAGCUAUGGUUCUACGGUGAUAAAGACAAUAAGCCUUCAGAUUUGCCUAGAUGCAGGUCUAGCUUAGGACAUCAAGGUAGAUGCUGGCUUUCAACUCUGGGCAGCAAGUGCCUAAAUGGCUGAACUGAUAGCAAUGCCUCAAAUGGCUGGUGUCUUUAUCAAGGAUGGUGAUGGGAAGAAUGUAUCCUCUCCACGAAAAGCAAACCAACAGUUACAGAUCAAUGCUGAACAGCCGAUGAAUUAUCAUGGAGAUAACCAUGUCAAAUGUAUGUGCAACAGUGCAUGGAAUUGCCGUGGACAUCCAUGUGAGCCUUCAUUAUGCAGCAAGAACAUCAAGCAAAGUUGUUGAUUGUCUAGCAAAAGGAGCACGUUACAAUUGCCAGUUUUUGUAGGAUAAUGUGAUGCAUACAUAUUCUAGUUUGUCCCACGCCCAAACGAACUAGGCCGAUGGCCCGAUACUACUUAGGGCUUACUUGAAUUGGGAUAAUGUAUUUUGGAGAUUUUGGAACAAAUAAUGGAGCUAAUGAAGGUGAAUGAGGGAGUGGGGUGGUGAAGGUAAUUACUUAUGAUA